UGGUGAUGGUGGUGGUGGGUAUUUGUAUGGAAGUAUGGAAUGAUCGCAGUGGAGGAUGUACUGUAUAGUGACAGGGUGGAUGGCUUACUAAAAGGAGGGACAUUCAAUCUUGUGCCAGCAGCGUGACAAUCUGUACUCUUCGCGGUGAAUCUCAGUCAUGUGGGAGAAAACAUUCCUGCUCUCUUUCUUCCCCCACUGGAGAUAAAGUAAAUAAAUAAAUAAAGAUAGUAUAUACAGUAUCUGCUUGGAUGAUACGCCUCCACCACGCUCCUUCAUAAACUCUCCCGUUCUUCUGUAACCACCCAUGCCACUUGGGAAAGAGAUAAAGAGAUGUCUCACCACCCAAAAAAAAAAAAAAAAAAAGACACAGGAAGAUACACACUUGCACCUUCAAAUAAUAACCACAUAUUACGACAGAUUUAAUUUGCUUUGCCUAAGUCAGGUAAUUUGGCUUUAAAGGUUCAAGUGUAAAGCGGUGCAAGCAGACACCAGCUAGCAGUCAGAUUUAAUACCUUGUGCCGCUUAGUUGGUGUGCUGCACUGUUUCUGGGUGGCAGUGGUGAGGAUGGUGAGGCUGCGUCGGGCCGUGAACACCGCAGAGGGAAUGUUACAGCCACCAGGGUCGUCAUGAUAGAUUAUGAUGAAUUUUAGUCACUUCAUUUGGUAUAUUUAGGAAAUCGUGUUUGUCUGGUCAUAGGUGCACGAGUUGCGCCCGCCUUGUUCCCACUUUUCGACACAUUGUUAUACUGAUAUUGAAGCUGUGACUGUAGCAGUGUGCCGGUGUUGUCCCUCAGUGGCCGUGACUCGGCAGCGACACCGGACACCGUAAUGUGUAGGAAAUCUCGUGAUGGUUCAUAAGUCGGUAAAUGAAAAGGCGAAGCCGGUGUGACUUUUGGUCUUUCAGUUUAAAACCAAAGUUCAAAUGUUGGGAGGUUUCCCAGAAAUGAGCAGUAUUGUCCGGUUGUGAUUGUGACGUACGUUUUCAUCAUGAGCACUUUUCCUUAUUAGUAUCGUGGCUUCGCCUCGAUGAGGAGUCGCCGUGAAGGCAAACUGGUCUGGCUGCAUUUCACUGCUGCUUAUUGUUCACGUCGCGUCGCUGCGUCGUAACACACGGGACAUUAACGUAAGGGAGACGAAUAUGUGUCUCAGGAUGUGCAUUAGCAGAAAUAGGUGAUGAUGGAGCCCCAUUAUCGACACAGGAUAGAGAUUAUCGUGCUGAAGACUGCUGCUCGCUGUCUUGCGGUAUACGAGAACCAUGCAUUAAACUGAAUCAGUCAGUCGGCUUAAGCGAUUCCAUGGUAUUGUAAAAGUUUAUCUUAGUCAUCGAGUUUGUUGUUUUAGACACACUCCAAGCGGAGAGAACCAAAGCGUUGCCUUGGAGACUGUGGGGUGUAGCAAGCAGUCAUGGGGGAUUGUGGGCAUGGAGAAGUUGGUUGCUUGGAAUAGCUGCCGGGAGUUAACAGUGGAGGAAGGGAUGUUAGUGUCAUCUGACAGAUGUGUUAUGAUGGGCGGUUGUUUUAUAGCUAAACGUAAAUCUGAGUUGCUCUUCUUGAACUGGUUGGUUGAAGGUAAAACGUGCGACCAACGUAAUAGUGCUACAUUCACGCCUAGGACCACAAUACAUAAUAACUCGAGUCAAGGUCAUUGUUUUGUGUAGCAAUAGUAUUACUGGCAGCAGUAGUGGUAGUAGUAGUAGUAGGAUUAACAGUAGUAUUGUAGUAGUAGUAGUAGUAGUAACAGUAGUAGUAACAGUAGUAGUAGCAGUAGUAGUAGUAAGAUAGUUGCAUUACCAUGAUGUUGCUCGGAUGCAGUAAGCUUAGCCAGUUACUUGAAAGGCAAGGUUGGUUCGGACUGAUUAUUACAUUUGACUUUGAAUAUAUACUGAAAACUAAAAGAGCUAAAAAUACAAAAUAUAGUUUACUAUACACUUGUCAGGGUGAGAUUGGUUCAUAGUAAUGUGGUGUGCGUUUCAUUUAUAGCUAGCAUCAUGUAGUGAGUGAAGUCAGCAGGCGUCAUUGGUUAGUGCGGAAUGUAGUGACGUGAAAGACGAGGAGAAGGAAAAGUGUGAUGAGAAGGUGGUGUGUCUUUGUGGUGCCGAAGUGCUGAUGGCGCGCACGUGGUGACUGCGGUUCUGCAAGGCUUAAGGUGCUUGAGUGAACCACGGGGAGACAGGGGGCGUUAAGCACAUUACUUAACCUGCUCUUGUAAGGUGCUGUUGUAAGACACAGUACAGUCGUGAAGUUUAACAUUAACGUGGCACACUUCUAACAACCAUUUCUCAUUUCCUCUCAGUCUGUAAUCCCUUGACCUAUUGACAGUCUUACAAAGCCUGACAAUUUAAACAUUUCAAGCAGAUCAGAAGAUGUAAGGUAGCUGAGGAAACAAAGAAAUACAGUGAAAAUGAGUGUACGCUGUCACUCAAAUCUAUGGCUGCAUCUGGAUCAAUUUGUUGGCAUAAGGUUGCGUAUCUUGUAGUGAAGGUUCUCCAGCAGUCCUCGGGCAUGCCUGGCUUGGUGGUGUCUGUCGGGUGACGGGAUAGCAUGGGGUAUUGUUAGUCCGGGGCACCUGUUGCGGGCAGGUUGUGGCCGCUGCCAGAUGGCUGAUGACCUUAACGUUGUGGUGGGUGCGGGUCAUCACCUGGGGCCUCCGUCAGCUGGGUGCUUGCUUGCUCCGGGAAAACCACUGCGAGAUCGAGCGUCGGCGUCGGAACAAGAUGACGGCGUACAUCGCGGAGCUGAGCGACAUGGUGCCCACCUGCUCCGCGCUGGCUCGCAAGCCUGACAAGCUCACCAUCCUGCGCAUGGCGGUGGCCCACAUGAAGGCCCUCAGGGGUAUGGAGGUUACCAACGGCAGUGGAAUGGGAACAGGAAACACCAAUGCAGAUGGCACCUACAAACCCUCCUUUCUUACUGACCAAGAACUGAAACACCUAAUUCUUGAGGCUGCCGAUGGUUUUCUCUUUGUGGUUGCCUGUGACACGGGGAGAAUCAUUUAUGCCUCUGAUUCAGUCACUCCAGUCCUUAAUCAGCCACAGAGUGACUGGUUUGGGUCUAGCGUGUAUGAUCACGUUCACCCUGAGGAUGUGGACAAGGUUCGGGAGCAGCUCAGCACACAGGAGCCAGCCAACCAGGGCCGCAUUCUGGACCUCAAAACUGGCACUGUCAAAAAGGAGGGACACCAGUCUUCAAUGAGGCUGUGCAUGGGGUCCAGGAGAGGGUUCAUCUGCCGCAUGAAGGUUGGCAGUGUCACACCGGAGAACAUGAAUUCUGGUCACCUGAACAGAUUACGACAGAGAAACUCCUUAGGACCAGCAAAUGAUGGACACAAUUACGCUGUUGUACAUUGUACAGGAUACAUUAAGAAUUGGCCUCCAACUGGUGUUCAAAUGGACCGAGGUGAGGAGGAGGCCCAUGGAGCUUCUCAUUGCUGUUUGGUGGCCAUUGGACGCCUUCAAGUUACCUCAACCCCCAAUACAUCAGACCUCAUGGGAUCAAACUCACAAAAUGAGUUCAUAUCUCGUCAUGCAAUGGAUGGAAAGUUCACCUUUGUUGACCAGCGUGUGAUGACAGUGUUGGGAUACUCUCCUCAGGAACUACUAGCCAAGCCUUGCUUUGAUUUUUUUCAUCCAGAAGACCAGACCCACAUGAAAGAAAGCUUUGACCAAGUCUUGAAACUGAAAGGUCAGGUGAUGUCUGUCAUGUAUCGGUUCCGAGGAAAGAACCGAGAGUGGGUGUGGCUCAGGACCUCAGCAUUUGCCUUCCUCAACCCAUACACAGAUGACAUUGAAUACAUUGUGUGUACAAAUACUGCUGCAAAGACAAUACAGAGUGGAAGUGAAAUGAGUGGUAGCAUUUCAGAGCAGCAAGAAGUCAGCUCACUGAACACUCAGUAUUCCACACAUCAACCAGGGUUAGAGUAUUCUUUACAACGACAACGUGAACUUUACCCACACAUGAUUCAGUCUCACAUUCACACAGGCACAGGAAGGCCAAGCAGUACUCAGGGAGUGUACAGUGGGUAUGAGGCAAAUGCUUCCCCCUUGGCAAGCUUCUCCCCAAGCACUCCACAGGCAACCCCUCUCACUACCACCCAGGCAUCCUCCAGCAUCUCCCGCAUCACCAAAUCCUCCUCCCCACCAACUACAGCACAUCCUCCAACAUGGACAAAUGCCCAUAUAAGACAGGGUGAGGGCUACAGCUACCCCAGUAACAUGAGUCCUUCCCGCUCUCCAUCUGCUCCCUCAUACACACCUCUCAGCUCCACUAGCCGCUCCCUCCCCUCAUACACCUCAGCUGCUCCAUCCUCUGCAGGCAUGUGGCAGUACAGCAACAUUGGUGGGGAGAGUGGAAGUGUUGGCCCCUCCACCAGCUCAGUACACCCCAGCCCUGGCACGGGCCACCAGGCCGGGGCAGCGCCAGGCUCACAGCCGGAGCUCACAGACAUGCUGCAGAUCCUCGACCAGUCUACUCCAGCAAAUUUUGAUGACUUAAAUAUGUUUGGCACAAAUUUUGAAUGAGCCAUUUCUUAUUGCAUUAUCAUUGAAUUAGUUAUUUGUAUUCAAUGCCUGGCAAGCCUUAGUAUUCAGUCUCAAUGUAUUUUGUUAAAUCUCAACAAGUGCCUCUGCUACAACAGUGUCAGUUUCUUUACCAUUUAGAUGAAAUAGAUAUUUUGUAUAUAGUCAAUUAUUUAAAGGUUGGUCAUUGGUGAAAAUAAUGUUGGAUUCUGGAACUUGCCUUAACAAGUAAAUUUGUUACCAGCUGCUUUUAGUGGACGAUGUUGCCUACUUGAGGUGAGUUUCAGAAGUUAAGAAACAUUGGUGCUGGAUGAUGGAGGUUAGUGAAGAUUUAACUUUAGGUAAGCCAGGUCUUAGUGCUCCACACAACCCUCAGCUUGUAAUCAAGCUUCUUACAUUAACUUGUGUGGGGUGCCUCAGAUACAUGCCAAUCUGUAAUUGCUGCAGCAAUUAAAUACAAGUCAUGUGUGGGUAACACCAUACUGUUGUAGUUCAGCGUUUUGAGCAUUGCUGUAAGACGAGGGUAUGAUAUGUUGUGCUGAUAAUCAAAUCACAGUUUGCAGUUAGGCUGUUUGUUUGCUGGUAAUCAAAGUAUUACGUCCUUCAUAGUUGUUACUCUUGGAGUCCCUUAAAGGGAGCUUAUGACUGAAUUAUUUUUACAUGCUGUACUAUAUCUUAAGAAUUUUUAUCACACUGUAUAUUUAUGCACAAUUUCAAAAUCUGUAGCUCAAGCACAUGUCCAGGAAUAUUAUGCAUUUUAAUGAAGAAAAUGUAAGUGUCGUGCUGUUCUCAUUCCUGUGUUUAUUAUUAUUAUUUUUAUUGUAAUUGUUAUUGGUAGUAAUUUAUUUUAAGGAUUUAAAAUAUUCUUUGAUCUGCAUAAAUAUUUUAAUUAUUUUUGUCAAACGCCACAGUGCAUAUACAGGGAAUCCUCAGAACUCAGGCUUAAAUGUCUUUGUCCAUAAAUUUGUUUCCUUUAUCUUGUAUUUGACUUUUAAUUGAUUCGUGUAUAAAUUAAUUGCAAUCACUAGUUAAUGAUGCAGUCAGAUGCAUGAACUGCAGCACAACCUUCACCUGCUCUCCUCACCAACAUCGCCAACACUUGCCAGUAAAGACCUUGAGUGAUGCAGGUGUAGAAAAUGAAGCAAGGAGAUUUAAGAUUGCCAAUGUGUGGUGUUGGUGUGUAGCUGUACUGAACCAGUACUUUAUUGAUGCCACUGCAAAGGAACAUCAUUGAAAAAAAGGUUUAUUUGUAAUCAUUUAGUAAUUUUGCAAUAAUUUGGUUAAAUGAUGGACUUCAAUUGUUUGUAUGUUAUGAAUGGAUAAUCUGUAUAUUGCAACAUGAUGUGUAACUAAGAAUUGAAUGCAAUAUCUUGUAUAAUUUAACUUUUUAGUUUGUUUUCAUUUCAAGUAUUGCUACAAUUAUAUUUAUGUUUCUACAUUUCAUUUUAUUUAUUUUUUAUUCACUUGUGUGUAAUAUAUUUUACAUGUUUAUUCACUGAACCAGGGUUUUGGGCACUAACAUAAUUCUUCAUUAGAAGAUGGUUACUGGAUCAUAAACAGUUUCUUUGUAUUUGUAGUUUAGAUGUUCAGUAAUAUGCUCUGUUAGUUAGGUCUUGUAGCUGUAAAUUUAACUGUUGUAGUACUUUCAUGGGUAAAUAGCCAUUUUUUAAAUGGCUUACCAAGCAGUCAGGUUAUGAUUGUUUGGCAUGUACAAUGAGUGUGUAAUAUAUAUACAUAUAUAUAUAUUUUGUCCUCAUGAUGUCAGUACAAGGUAUCUCAGUGGUCUGAGAGGAUUUUGCACGGCUGGUGUCUUGCCACCAGUGUUUAAUUUAUAUAGACAUAUCAUUCAUAGCUAGAGGGAUGUAAGUGACUUAAGGCUCAUUAUGUAAUAUUUCUUCUCUUAUAAGUCACUUUUUUUUUGGAGAAUUUGUUGAAGAUUUUAGAAAUUAUUUGAAAAACUAAUACAUAUUAAGAUAGUUUUUCUUUUUGGAGAAAAGUUCAAAGUUUCAUUUUGUUAUAGGCUCAGGAACAGAUAUUGAAGUCAGAAGAAAUGUUCAUAUAAAUGUGAUCCAGAUGGUAUGUAGUAUGAACAGCUGAUUGAAAAUUAUAGUUGAAUUUGGGCAGUUAAACUUUGGAUGCAUCUUCAAUUUGAUGUGUUGGCAGAGGAAGCCACUGACAUCCAUGAUAAAAAAAAAGAUGUAUCAUUCAGUGUUGUGUCAUAGCCAUAUUUUGUGAUUAAUUUCUUACUUAACAUUUUACAUAUACUGAAAUUACAAACACAAUUUGUAAUGUUACUACACAUUGUGCGCAACUGAAAACUGUGGAAGUAGAAUAGAAAUCUCCAAAAAACAUGAAAUUAUCCUAUGAGGUAAUGAAAAUAAGGUGAAAAUCACUAUUAGUAAUUACAUGAGUCAACAUUCAUUAGGAAAUCAAUAGUAACAUCUACAAUGCCUUAGUCAGUUACAACCACCUCUCAGCUUAUUCAUAAUCACAAGACAACACUCUCAACCCUGCUGUCCUCCAUUAUGAAGUCAUUGACCUAAGGAAACUUUAGCAAAUAAUAACUUGGCUUCACCAUUUGUCCUUGUGGGAAGGACAGAGAGGAGGGGUGGGAUCCAUUACACCUCAUCUGGUGCCACAAGGAGUUGCCAAUGCUUCUGUUUAUGAGUGGAAACCUCUCACCAGUAUAUCCCAAACACUUAUAAUGUGGGUUGAUCAGACAUACACUACAGGUAAAUGGGUGGGAAUUUCUUUAGGUCAGUAUAUCAAAUUCUGUUAAUUCUGUGCGGGUGAAGAGGUACAAACUUCUACAUUUUCCUGAGUGUACUGGUUUAUCAGCACUGAGUAUGAACUAUCUAUAAAUGGGUUCUGCAAUUAGUAAUAUAGGUGAUACUGAAUUGUGGUAAAAAAUUAUAAUGAGAUGCAGUCUGAUAAAUACAGUAGUGAAAUGUCAGUUGGUGUGAUUUGAUAGUGAAACAUCUGUUGAAGGAAAAUUACAUUGUAGAAUUUGAACUUCAUUUUCCCAAAGCUUGGCAAUCCAUGAGUCACUUGAUGAUUUGAUAUUUGGAGCCUUUGAAUAUCUGUUACUGAGCUUAAAGUAAAAAAAAAAGUUAACCAAUUGUAUAUAUUUAUUUUUUUCUAAUUGAAGAAUCAAUAUAGUAAUGGGAACCACCAUGUGAUAAAUAAUUUUCGCAAGAGUCAUCUGACUUCCCUUUGGCAUUUUCUGUAGAUUUAGAUGAACAAGACUGAUUUGCAGUGCUGCAACAAUAGUCUUUAAUGUAUGUAUGCAGAAAUAGGACUGACUGAAUUUUCCAGUGAUAAAUUCCCAUGUGUACAAUUAAAAAUUUAUAUAUAUGGAAGAAAGACCUGUAAAUAGGAAGGGAAACUUUUCCAUAUUUUUAGUUGAUGUAGAAACACGAACCAAUAAUAUUUUUUGGUGGGAGUGCAGAUUAUCAGUCCAAUGGUGUGGAUGACAGAACUUGUGGGCAAUACUGUACUGAAUGGAAUCACUGUACUGUGUGCUGCUGGUUGUUUCUGACCACGUCUUAAUAUAGAUACCGUCUCGGAAAAGAAGUAUUCAGCAUAUUAAGUUACUUUUGUUUAAGCCAAUAUUUGUUCCUCUCUCUAUGGGGAACAAUGUUGAAUAGUUUUUUCAGUGGCCAUAUUAAUGUAAGUUCAAGACUAUGUUGUGGGACCUUGAAUGGAGGCUGCAAGUGACCUGGGGCCACGGCCUCUCAGGUGCUUCACCAGUGCAAUACUUACUAUGGCAGUCAAACCAAUGUGAAGUUGCCAUCAUAUCAAUGUAACAACAAGGAUUUGUUUAUCAGUUUGAUUGUAUCACACAACAUUUGUUGGAUAUGAUGCAUUUGAAACCUUGCUUGUAGUUUCCCCACAACUAUGAGUAUGUACUUUUCUGUAAUUUUCUUUACCUCUUUUUUUAUAUAUAAAACAUUGUCCAAAAUAUACUGGUCUCUCAUAAAUGCAUAUCUGUAGAUGUAGUUUAGGAAGGAGUGUUUGUGUUUGUUACAUCACAAUUAUUACUAUGUUUUUCUUUUUUAUUUUUUUUUUUCAUUUUUUUUUCUUUUUUUUUUCUUAUCCAUUCUGUUACAUGUGAACAGUGGUUACAGCAUGGAAGAAGACAAGCCCAGAUUCUCAUUAUUAUUAUUAUUAUUAUUAUUAUUAUUAUUAUUAUUAUUAUUAUUAUUAUUAUUAUUAUUAUUAUUAUUAUUAUUAUAUAUGCACACACACAUUAUGGUACUGAUGAUGUUAUAGUUUGUUCUGACAAUUUGUUAGAUAUUAAAAAAUAUGAAGAUCAUGAAUGGCUUGCUCCAUCCAUUCACAAACAUUACUGAAAGUCAUGAUGAAAGGUAGUCUGCACUUUGUGCAGGUGUUGUUUAUGACACUUUAUUUUCACAACAGUAUUUCCACCAAAGCUGUUACCAUGUGUGUAUGUAUGCAUGUAUGUAUGAUCAUAUGUGCCUACACUACAUAUUUACACCAGUCAUGUUAAUUCUCAUUUUAUUAUGUGAAGUGUCCACACUUUAUAAGUGAUUACCAACUUGUUAAUUGGGAUGAUAAUAAGUAUUGUGUAGCUACACUUGAAUAAAGAGGGAAAAUAAAAAAAAAAUCACAAAAUCAAGUGGUAACAGCCUCCAGCUACUGCUUUUGGAUUAGGCGUGCCUGUUCCUCAGGCACGCCUAAUGAGUGGACAUCUCUCACUUACAUAGUGCUGUGAGUCUGUAAUGUGUGCACAUGUGAGUAUUACAUAUGUACCAUUAUUCCCAAGGGCAAGAUUGCAUCCAAAGGUGGUCAGUUGGAAGGGUAUGAAAAGGUGCCUCAGUAAAACAUUCUGUCAGAAAUAAAUGGUCCACAUUAUAGGGCUUUGAAAAAAGCAGAAAGAAGUAAAAGUUUUGGAAGACAGAAUAAAUCUGGGCUGGCAAGAUAUUGAGAGUACAGCACAUUCUCAGCUGAUUGAUUGCAUACACUUGAUCUAGGCUGCCUUGCCUCACUGGACAGCUGCCUUGUCUGGAUACUCUUAACUUCAAGAAGACCAUGAAUUUUCCAGAACAGUUUAUCUGUAUGCAUUAAGCUGAAUUCUUGAAUGAAAAUCUUGACAAAUUGAGCUUUACAGGAUUUGAUUUGGUUUUUAUUAUUUAAAAAAAAUGUCCACUUUUGAAUUGUCAUAGUGCAGGCCCAAACCUAACCCUUCCUUCAUGGGAAGCUUCAUUUUGAAAUUUGCCAAAGAUUUUUCUUAGAACCCAACAUUGAAAUUUAUGAGUGACCAGCGUAUGUGAAUUUUUUAUGUACCCAUCUUAAGAUGCUUGUUUAUACAAUAUACAAAUGCUUAUUAUAUAUUUUUUAAAUUUUUUUUUGUUAUUAAGCUGGCAUUUUAUAUUUUAUAAACAGUGUGCCUUGGGCUGGUGUGGCAUUGUGAGAUUCACUGCAAUUUCUCAUUCAAAAGAACCAUUAUUGUAAUUCAGUUUUGUACUGUGUUGUUUAUACGUAUGAUGCAUUUUGAGUUAACCUUAACUGUGUUGGCAAAACCUCAUGGGAUGCUCAAUUACAGCUGGCUGUUUGUCAGGCUCUCCCCAGCUGCUUCAUGACCUCCCAGAAAACCUUGAUGGGAAGGAGAGCUUCUCCACAUCAGUGUGACUUGAUGAGGCAAGUUGAACUGUAUUUUAGAAUCAAUUACUAAAUUUUUUUAUAUUGCAAAAUCAAUGAUUUAAUUUAUGCGUACAUAUUGUUCAAAUAUCUGAAUUCAUAGUGUUUCUUGCAAGUUUUAAAGUUUGAUUUUAUGCUUUUAAAAAUUAUAAUGUCCUUUUGUGUUUAUUAAAGUCUGCCAUAGAGGUGCUGAAUGUACUUGUUAUGUACUUACCAGUUUUUUGGGGGCAUAAUUUUCAUGUGAUUGAAGAGUUGGAAAUUCCUUAGAUGUUGCUAUUGAUAAUUGGUGUGUUUACAAAGCAGGACAGAGUACAUCAGGUUUUCUUGAAGCCAUGAAGGUUGCUGUUGGGCUAACAUGGUUGUAGGUUGGGGAAUUCACCUGUUCUGUUUGUGUAAAUAUUGGUUUUCAAUGACAGUUUGAAACAUAAGUGCAAUGUAUUGUAGAAGAAUUAUUUAAGUACAUAUAGAGGUAGCAGUAUUAGUGUAUGCUAUUUUAAUAUAAGCUAAUGUAAAAUAAUUGCAUUUGCAAAUGGAGGACAGGUGAACUCAUGAAAUAUUUGUCUCAUGUUGACUCAUUAUCUAGUACUACUUCUAAUAACUUAAACUUAUUGAACUUAUGUAUAAUACUGACAUAUAAGUGAAAUAA